AUGGAUCACAGUUAUAAGGUCGUCAAGGAACACAAAACCAUCAUAGAAUCACCACCUGAAGUUGUAGGCGCAUGGCCUAUAUUAGGUCAUCUUCUUCAGCUAGUAGGGUCGAGACCUCUAUUCAAAGUUCUUGCAGAGAUGUCUGACAACUAUGGACCUAUCUUCAUGGUCCGGAUUGGUAUGCAUCCAACCCUUAUUCAAAUGAUAGCAGCUGCCUCAGAUACCACGUCAAUUACAUUGACAUGGGCGGUCGCACUACUGAUCACUAAUCCUAUUGUCUUAAGAAAGGCUCAGGAUGAGCUCGACACCAGAGUAGGCAAGGACAGAAACGUAGAGGAACACGACAUCAAUGAUCUUGUCUACCUCCAAGCAGUUGUUAAGGAGACGCUCCGGAUGUACCCUCCUGCCCCUCUCGGCGCAGCCCACGAGGCAAUCAUGGACUGCAAUAUUGGUGGGUAUGAAGUGAGAGCAGGCACACAUUUGUUGGUCAACGUAUGGAAACUGCACCGCGAUCCUCCUCGAGUGUGGUCAAACCCAUCAGAGUUCAAGCCCGAGAUGUUUCUUCCCCAACUCAAUGGUAGUUCUGGUGGUGAGGCAGCAGACUUAGACUUCAGAGGUCAAGACUUUAAGUAUCUACCAUUUGGUUCAGGAAGAGGGAUGUGUCCAGGGAUUGACUUCGCCCUCCAAACGGUUCAUAUGGCGCUUGCUCGCCUGCUUCAUGCAUUCGAGUUUGACAAUGACUUGGCAGGACUAAUAGUAGACAUGACGGAAGGUUCAAGUAUAACCCUCCCCAAGUUAACCCCACUAGAAGUUUACCUUCGACCACGCCUCUCAGCCAAACUGUACUAG